AUGGGCGAUGAAGCCGAAAUAUGGAAGCUGAAAGACGCUCUGUGUGCCCAACAAAGCCUCCUUGAGAAACUCCACAAUGAAUUGGAGGCGGAGCGUGAGGCAUCGGCCUCCGCUGCCAGCGAGGCCCUAUCAGUGAUACUGCGGCUACAAAGGGAAAAGGCUGCGGUUAAAUUAGAAGGUGAGCAGUACAAGAGAUUGUCGGACGAGAAGAUAUCCCAUGCGCAAGAAUCGCUAGCCAUAACCGAGGAUAUACUCCAUCAAAAGGAAAUGGAGAUAGCUGCCCUGGAUUGCCAGCUCCAGGCAUACAGGUACAAAUUGCUAAGCAUCGACUUUGGAAAUAUGAACGGGAUUCUGGAAAGGCAGAUUGAUUGGGAGAGGAAAACAACAGAUCAUUCGAUUGAUUCGCAGAUAAGAAAAUUGGAUGCCCGGGUGAAAGAGAUGAAUUUGUGCGAUUUGUACGCACAAAAUAAAGUAGCCAUUGUGGAUGAAAAUAGUGCGAAAAAUGGUGUAGGUGUUGAUUUCCAUUGUCCGAGAGUGCUCGAUGUGUUUGAGGUCCCACACAUGGAAAACGAUGAGAACAGUAAUAAGGCUGGAGAAGAUGAAGAAGCCAUUGAGGAUAAAAAACUGUCUGAGGCCAUUGAUAAACGAGUUAAUUUUGAGAAAGAGUUGUGUGGGCCGAGUUGGAAUGCUUCUUCUAUUGAGUGCCGUAUGGCAGUUGUGGAGCCGUUUUGUCGGCUUAAUGGGACAUCGGAGAUUGUGAAAGUCGAGAAAUCAAUGUUGUCUCUUGCCAACAGAGAUGAAGAGCUGAAAUUGUUGAAAGAGAUCAAAGAGAGUCUAAAUUUGUUACAUGAGGAGAUUAGGGUUUUGAAAGUGAAGGAAGAUGAGCCAUCUCUGUGUGCUCUCUCAGAGGCAAUGCUUUACUUCUGGCUUUGA